GGUAGUUGAGUUCGCUGAGAUUUUAGUUAGUUUUCUUCAUGCUUUCGCGAAUKUUCGAAAYUCCUGGCUCGAUAGUACAAAAAGAAAGCCAUGGAAAUAUUUUAGAGAGCUUUUUUAAGCGCAACUCUGAGGGAAAUUCGCAAAACAAGGUGCUGAUAAACGGYUGUAAUGGUWGUGGAAAAACUUCUCUUCUCUUUUCACUCGCCGUCUCUUUCGCAGAAGAAGAAAAGAAUGUCUUGUUUAUGUCUCCUCGUAAGUUUGAUAAGCUGCCUGCGUUUCCAGAACGAAGACCAAGGCCUCUUACAARUGUUUUGCAAAGAAUAAAAAUGGUUUAUUUAGAGAAUGCCAAAGAAAUCCUGAAAUACUUGGCCUCGCUGCAUAUUGAACAAACAGCAAGUUCAGUYGAUUGUAUGAUUAUCGAUGAUUUAGAUUAUUACACCAAAGAUGGUCAAAAGAAUGAAGAUCUAAGUAUGUUGGCAAGGAUUCUAGCAUAUGCAGUUGAUGCAUACAAAUUCCUCAGGCAGAGAAACAGUUCAAGUUGUAGUGUACUAGCAAUAUCCACUGUCUACACCAAACCAAACCUGUACGAGAGAUGGAUGGAUCACGUAUUUAAAAUCAACGUACAAAAAGGCAAUAAGAGAAAUGAGAAAGAGCUAAAGUUAUCAGUCUUAAAGCCUUGKGGUGAAUCACUGAUAGAUGUUUAUUAUACGUUAACGAGUACUUGUUAUACUGUGACGCAAGUUAUUGCUUGAAAUACUGGAAAGAUACAGUCGUUUUUUAUGUCAURUAUGUAUUUUUUUGGUGCGUUGUAGCCAACGUGAAUACGCCAGUUUCGGAUUCAUAGCGAAAAACCGCUGCUUUCAUUUGACGACAGAUUCUCUUGCGCUAAGAGCUGACCAAACACAAAGAGAGUAACAUAGCACACUUUCUCCACACUGUCAUACAGUGUGCACUACUGAUACCAAACAAAGGCGYUCUCUGAUAACAUUGCCUUUCAAAAUUUAAAUCAUUCAGUUAGAAGGGCUACCAGCAGGCGUCGGGCUUUAGUUUUACCCUAUUUUGCCAAGCUAUCUAUGUAUUUAUCGCGUUUGAGAAUGACACAGGAAGCCCAAGGGGAAAAGGUGAUUGCUAUAGCUUCUGAACCUUUUACGUCACUACUUGAUUUUCAAUGCAUUGUGGGAUCAGUUUCUAGAGCAAACAAAAGAAAUCCGCCAUGUUCUGUCCCACACA